AUGAAGGAAAAGGCUCGUGAACUCUCCUCCUCAACAAGCGCAGAAGAGCCUGAGCCCGUUUCACGUGUUCUGCAAGGAGAUGACAUCCAGGCGCUUGCAAUUAAAGAGGAGGACCUGGAGAAACUCCAUGCUCCACACCUUCCCCAUGAUGCUGGAAGAAUUCCAGUUAGGAGGAAAUACCUCGUUCGAAAAUACCAACCCGAAGAGGCAAAGGCAGCAGCUCAUUUCCUGGUGGCGUAUCCUGCUUCCCCAAAGGCACCCAGGGAACCACUGAGUUUUUCUGGUAGGGUUAAACUUCAAUCUUUGGCUUUUGGUUUUGCCAAGCCUGACAUUAUUGACCUGGCUCUGAAAUUGCUUGGUUGGGAUUUUUGUGUUGUAGGACCAGGACUGUUUGAUGGCUGUGAGGAGAUUCUCCCCCAUGACAUUUUGGGAAGUCUCCAGGAGUUCAAGAUGGAAGCCUCGGUGAGAGGAAACACUCAGGUUGCGGAUUUUAUUGAGGUGUCUCGUCAAGGUGUUACUGCAGCAGCUUUAAAAGAGGAACAUGGAGGAGAGAAGAAGGAAAAGGCUCAUCAAACCCCGCUGGCAGAGCACAAAGCUCUCCAGAACUGGCACCGUAACAUGGCAAUCAGGAAAAAGCAGGAGAAAUAUCUAGGAGAAAUUCUUCAGAGGCCAGAGAAUGAAUUGCUGAUGAGCACCUCGGAGGAUUACAGGCAAAUCCAGGAAGAACGUGACCUCAUUGACCGGAGUCUCCCUGCCCUGUUUCCUGGGAAGGGCUACCGAAGAGGAAGCGAGUUCUGGAGCCAGCCCGAGCGUAUCGGAGAUGAACUCACCGGCCUGACGCUGACGCUGACUCAGAGAGAACGUGGCCACCCAGAGCCACUCACUCAUGUGGGGAAGCCCCACACUGUCCGGAUGGAAACAGGUCUGAAGCCUCCAAAGAGGAUGCCUUUCCAUCUAACCUGGGUUAAAAGUCUCUUCCUGAAACAUCGACGACAAGAGCUAAAAUCUAUCCUAGAAGAGCUAAAUUUUCAUAAGCCGGAUCUGGAUGGACUGGAGGUGAUUGGCAAAGGGCAGCCUUUCACAUCUGUAUCGGCAGAGCGUUUUCCACGUUCCACCACUUCUGCAGAGUCUGAGACCCUCAGUGACUCCGUGAUGGGCUACCCUGAUGCUGUUCCAGAAGCAAUACUGGGUCCAUCUUUAGUUUUCUGCGGCCAGCCUGCUCGGUGGAUCAACUGCACCCCGUCUGGCAGGGAUGAAAUUGGCAUUGCUGCCCGGCUCACCUUUGAGACCUUGGUUGGUGAGAAAGCUGAAAGCUCCCUGAUGGUGAGCAAUGAUGGCACAGCUGCCAUCUGGUAUGACUGGAUGAGGCUUUCCCAGCAGAUUCCCUCCAGAGGAGCCAAGGGGAAGACGAGUCAGUGUUUUUACUGUGAUACCAGACCAGGUGUAAUUUUGCCUGGAGAAACCAGAAAGUUUUUCUUUCUUUUCAAGUCGGAAAGAGCAGGCAUUUUCAGCGAGGCCUGGGAAUUCAGGACACAUCCUCUGUUAUUAGGAGGAGCUCUGCUGCAGGUGACCCUGUGGGGAAUUGCUGUGUAUGAGGAUAAAUUGGCUGACCUCCGAGAGAAACUGGAGAGUGACCUGGCUGCUCGUGAAGGUGCUGCUACAGUUCAAGAGAGUCUGAAGGAACUUCUUCUCCGAAUUCGGACCCCAGAGCGCCCUCGGUCUCCUGUGGAUGCCUAUGCCACGGAGGAAGAGCUCUUCCGCCGGAAGAAUCCUGAGUUGCAUUAUCAGCAUCGAGUGGUAAAGCAGCUGCACGAGCUGUGGAGACAGCACAUGACUGUUCCUCCAGCCUCGGAGGAGAAAGUGCCCUCGGACCAGCGGAACACAGCGGAGGACGCGCAGUACCAGGAGGGCUCCUCGGAGGCUCUCCCUGCUCCGAGAAGCACGGCAGAGGUCCUGGGUUGGAAGAACACGCUAGAGGAGGCUCCGAGUCAACUGACGAGCGUGGAGGGGGAAGAACCAGGCCCCUCAGGAUGGAACCUUUCCAUCGAGGACUUUAAGCAGGCUAUAAAGUUGAUCCCCAGGGAGGAGCAGCGAGAAGCAGCACUGACCCAGCUCAACGCGGCAGUGCUGGAGCUGUGUGUUGGACAGAGGCCAACUCAGUCAGACCUUCUGCAUCAAAUCUGUCUGCAGCUGUGGCGUGAAACAGUCGAUGGUCUGGUGAGUCGCGCUGCGAAGCUGAGAUCCCUGCUUGGCUUGCCCGAGAAGGACUCCUACGCAGAUGUUGUUCCAGAGGAAACAGCGGAAGUAAAGCAAUCUGUACAAGGAGGAAAGGAAAAUAGAAUAACCACAGGGAAAGAAGAGAGAAGGUCAGUUGGUGGCAAGGAUAAAGAAGGCAAAAAAAGAACAACCCAGACAGCGGGGAGAGAAAAAGAGGAACAUCCAAGCAGCAGAAAGCUAAAAGUGAAAGAUGAGAAGAAGCUGAAAUCUUCCUCUUUCACCUCCUGCGAUGAACUGGGAGCACAACCCGCGAAAGCUGUAACUACAGAUGGAGUAGAACCUCCUCAGGAGCAGGUGGACCCUCUUUUGCUUGGGACGUACCAGGAAAAGCUUUAUGUUGAAGUUUAUGGGCUGCUGGAUUCAAUGGUGAGCAAAAUGGUUUCUUUAUUUGAGGAAUUAGAGAAAAAAGGUGCUCUGAAGUAG